CAAUAUAAUGCAACCCAAACCCAAACUCUUUUACUUCAACUCAAUCUAAGUCACACUCCUUUUCAUUGUCAGAGAUGGGGAACCAGGUCUCACUUCGUCCCUCAGAUGCCAGGGGCAAAAUCGUCUUGUGGGACGGUUCCGUGCAUGAAAUUGAGCAAUCGGUGACGGUGGCGGAGCUCAUGCUGGAGCACCCAGAACAGGUGGUGGUUGAGUUGCAUUCGGCAGUGAACCAGAAAAGGCCAACGCCAUUGCCGGCUGAUAACAAGUUAGAAACAAACAAGGCGUAUCUGAUGCUUCCCGUGAGGCGAGGGAAGCCCGUUGGGUUAAGCGGGGAAGAAGCUCGACGCAUUCUCUUCAUCCUUAAUUCUGCUCUGCAUUCAAAGUCUCUUGUGGGGUCGUCAAAGUUUGUUCCUUGGCUUACGCGUUUGUGCCAGAACACUACGAUUGUGGAACCAGGGAGAAAGGAAGAGGAAAGAGAGAAUAACGAAGAAAGGUGUCAGUUUUCAGAGCUUCUGCCGGAAAUUCUAGAAGCGAGGCCGGAGUAUUUGAAUAGGCAAUUGUCGGGAAAAGGGUGGAAACCUACUUUGGACACCAUUAAGGAGAAGAACAUUGACAGAAAACACACUCAUUGGUUGUUCCUCAGGACUUUCUAGUCCUGCACAUUUAACCUCUACCAAACUUUAGUUUCACUUGGAGUUUCAUUUCGAUGAUCUACUCAAAAUUUGCAGACACGGUUAAAUAGAUUAUCGAAAUUAAACUCUCCCACUUGUUAAAAGAGUUUUUGUUUUUGAGUAUAGUUCAUCAAUCGGUGAAAAUGUUGUGGUGCCUUUUCGCGGUAUGUAUUCUGUGACAUAUACCCAAUGAAAUCGUCAAUUACUUACAAAGUUCAGACUUGUAAUUUUGCUCAGAUCAAUACAACUUAUAUCAAUAUUGUAGAGUUAAC